AUGGAUGUGACUGAGAAGGCUGAAGACAGGCACCUUUCUCUUUGGUCAAGUCUUCAUAAACUUUUGAAAAGGAAAAAUGUGAGUGGAGAAAGUGAUACUGCCCCUCCUGUUAAAUCAUUUGCCCUGCAGAUUGUUUCUCCGAAGAAGGCAACAUUUGAUGAAAUGGCUGAAUUCCACUGUCGGAAUUACCUGCAGUUUCUGGAAUCUAUCAAUAAGUUCGAUGAUGAAGAGAAAUACAGUGAAGAAGCUGAACAAUUUGGACUAAGUUAUGAUUGUCCCACUGAGAAGGGCAUCUUCGACUACGUGAGCCACAUCGCUGGUAGUACCAUUGAAGCAGCCCGCUGUCUUGUGGAUAAAGAAAACCCUUGCCAAAUAGCAAUCAACUGGUUUGGAGGUUGGCAUCAUGCUCACAGGUUGUUACUAUUAUUAUUUUCCCCAGGUGUCGAAGAAGCUUUUGCAGUCACAUCAAAAGUGUUUACCGUGUCUUUCCAUAAACUGUUGCCUGGGUUCUUUCCUGGAACUGGCAGCAUAGACGACGUAGGUUUUGGUAAAGGAAUUCAUCACUGUGUCAAUGUUCCGUUGAUGGAUGGAAUAAAAGACGUAGAAUUUGUGGCCUUGUUUAAAAGGAUAAUGUCUGAAGUGAUAGAUGUUUUUGCACCAGAAGCAAUUGUCUGCCAAUGUGGAGCUGACGGAAUUGCUGGGGAUCCAAUGAACUCGUUUAACCUAACCCCACAGAGUUUGAUGAGCUGUGUACGUUAUUUCACCACACUUAAAGUUCCUUUGUUGCUUUUGGGCGGAGGAGGUUAUAAUUUUUGUAAUACAUCAAAGACCUGGACUUUGGUUACUGCUGCAGUAAUUGGCAAGAAGCUGUCUCCAAACAUACCAGAUCAUAAGUAUUACAUUACUUAUGGACCAAGUUAUGAACUGACUGUGGAUCCAGGAAACAGGAAAGACUUGAAUUCUUAUGAAAACAUCAGAAGCAUCUAUAAGAAAGUUCUUGGUUAGUAUUGAAGCUCAUUCAGUCGCUCUUUCACACACUCUCUCAUUCAUUCUUUGUGGCACCACCACCACCACCACCACCGCCACCACCAUCAUCAUCGUCAUCAUCAUCAUCAUCAUCGGUGUUGUAUCUUCUCUCGCUUCUUGUUACAUCUGUGUAUGGUCAAAAUAUUGUGCUUCUUAUUGAAUUGAGGUAUCUUUGUCUGUUUUCUGGAAAUCUUUCCUAUCUUUUUUGCGUUGGUAUUAUUUUGAGGUCUGGAGGUCAUGAUAGCAGUUUACCAAGCCUAAGAAUGCUUGUAACGAUUUGACAUUUGUUGGGGGGAGGCAUAUUCCGAUGACAGAACAUGAGAAAUACUGUAACAGCUGCUGUUCUGUG